AUGUUUUUGUAUAAAAUGCUUUGAGUUAAAAUUUCAAAUUCAAAAUUCGAAUUUCUUUUGGCCCGCCGACGAAUCAAAAUUUCAGUGUUGGACAUUCAGCAGCAUGCGAGCCUUGUUGAAUGGUGAAAGAUAUCUAAAUUUGUUCAGAAAUUACCAACGUUUCUAUAGCCAAAACAAGAUCAUGCUGCCACACAAAUGCCUCUACGAGUCGGCCAGAAAGACACUUCAGUCCAAAUCGGAGCAGAGUAUCAAGAUACCAGCAUCCCAUAGACCGUUCAGCUGGAAGGCGAGACCUGUCCACAACCCAGACCUAAUCUCAACAAUCUGCAGUGUGAGAAGAGCGUCUGGCAAGUGCAAGGGUCCCGCUAAAGAUCCGCCCAAGGAGAGACCGCCCUCGUUUUGCAAACCAACUGAAAGCGAGCCACCGUGUUCGAAGGAUCCCCCACCAGGCAAGAAGGCAGCUCCGUUUCGACAAUCUACGUCACCGCCAAUGAACAAAGAGUGUAAAAAGACUGAGGAGAAGCUGCCGUGUCCCAAAAAGGAACCUCGCAAGGAAAAGAAAAAGCCCAAAGAUGCAGCAACAAAAGAUUUGGCCCCAAAAGCCACUGUCCCUAAAGAUGCAGCACCCAAACCUACUGCCCCCAAGGAUUCUGCACCACAAGCCACUGCACCCAAAGUAGCUCCAAGCAAAACUGCUCCCACCAAAGAUGCAUCACCCAAAUCAUCUGCAAUUCCUCCACCGCCACCGCCACCGCCUCCUGGAGUACCUGUAAAUAAAGCAACGUCUCAGGCACCCCCAGUUAGAGCUGAACCAUCAUCAUCCAAGCCCCCUCCACCACCACCGCCUCCGCCAGCCAGAAAAAUACCUCCAGCAAUGCCUACCCCUGCAGCUACAAAGCCAGCAAUCACACAGUACAAAUCCGCAAUGCCCACUUCCCCCAGUCCCUGUGAAAAACCUCCAAAACCAAAAGAUGAAGAGAAGAAACCGAAGGGUCCCCCCAAGAAGGAAUCGUCCCCGAAAGUAAAGAAAGAGAAGCCAAAGGAAGUUCCAAACCCGUGCAUGCUGGCAUUUAUGGAAAGGAAUCGUCUCGGUGAUAAAAAGCCACCUAGAGGAGGCUGCUAUGCGGGUACGUCCUCACGCAAAGAAGGAACUCGUUCUCGAGGCAAGGCAUCACCCAAAAAGGGACCCAGCUCUGGAGGCAAACCCUCUGCCAAAGAGGGACAAGCUAAACCCACCCCCAAAGAGGGACAAAGCAAAUCCUCAUCCAAAGCAAGACCCACAGCUGGAGGAAAGCCCGCUCCCAAAGAAGGAGCGAGUUCGGGAGGCAAACCUUCAGCCAAAGGGCCAGCCAGGCCCGCGGGAAAGUCCUCAGGCACAGGACCAGCCAGUCCAGCCGGAAAGCCAGCCUCUUCUCCGACAGUCAGCAAAAAAAUGGCCACAGCAGCAAAUGUCCAGCCGAAAGUCACGGCUCCACCAGCUCCUCCACCAGAACCCAAAGCAAAAACUCCUCCAAAGCCGCCACCACCACCACCGCCGCCUUUCGUGAAACCCUCGCCCAGCCAGUCCACCCAAGCCGGAGGCGAUCAGUGCCACUGCGAGGCAAAUACAUCGCAGCUACUCUGCCAGCCGGUGGUGCCGCUGAAGGACACCAUUCAGCGAUAUCUGUGCAGCAUACAGCCGCUCCUGAAGCCCGAAGAAUUCCCGGAGGAAUAUAAGCUAACCAUCGAGUUCCAGGAUGGCGAGGGUGCGCAGCUGCAGAAGCUGCUGGAGGAUGUGGCCAAGUACAGCACCAAUUGGCUGACUCCACGGUGGACAAAUGCCGCCUACCUGGGCUACAGAGCGCCGGUUACCAUCUUCUCGAGUCCCUGCCUGACCCUGCCCAUGCAGAAAUUUGAAACUAAUCGGGACUACAUGCUGUACACGGCCAAGGUGAUCUAUGGGAUGUGCGAGUUCAAGGAGCUGGUGGACAACAAUGGCAUACCCGUGGUGAAGAUGUGCUGCCACGAUCUGGACAACAGUCAGUUCAGGAAGAUCUUUGGCACGGUACGCAAGCCGGGACGCUUCUGCGAUACCAUCGAACAGUAUCCAGAGUCGCAGUAUGUGGUGGUGAUCCAUAGAAAUAAUUUCUUCAAGCUUCCCGUUUAUGGUGCGGACUGCAAGAUUGCUCAUGUCCACAAUGUGGCUGACCAACUGGGCAGCAUUCUGCACUGUCCCAUGGAGAGGGGCGAGCCCAUUGGCCUGCUCACCCACGACAAUCGCGACAACUGGGGCGAGGCGUACACUUAUCUCUGCGGCUCUGAGGGCAACAACGAGUCGAUUGUCCACGCCAUCGAGCAGUCGCUCUUCAUCGUCUGCCUGGAUGACCGCGUGGAGGUGCCCGAACAUGGCGCCAGUGCCGUGCUUGCUGCACAGCUCCUCCAUGGCGGCGGCGGCCAUCAGAACAGCGCCAAUCGCUGGAUGGACAAGACGAUCCAGCUGAUUGUCAAUCCGAAUGGCAUGGCCGGCUUCUGCUACGAGCAUGCACCCGCCGACUGCCAGCCACUGGCCAUGCUCAUGGACUAUGUGCAGGGGAAAAUAACUCAACCAAAUUAUGGCUGUGAAUGCUGCAGCAAUUCCAAGCUGCAGGCAGCCACCGUACUCUGCUUUGAUCCACUCAACCAAUGCACGGAUCUGUACCUGUGCGAGGCAAAGCGGAAUAUUGACAAAAUCUGCAGCAGGCUGCAGUUGCACGUCUUCAAGUACGAGUGUCACGGGAAAGAGUUCAUCAAGGCGCAGGGUUUGAAUGCGGACAGCUACAUACAGAUGGCCCUGCAGUUGGCCUACUACAAUCUGCACGGGGAGAUGCCGGCCCAGUACGAGUCGGCACACCUGCUCAUGUUCGAGGAGGGACGCACGGAGACCGUACGCUCCACCUCGAGGGAGUCCAGUGCCUUUGUCAAAUCCAUGACCUGCUGGCCGGGCACCAAUAACAGGCGUUUGUUGGCUCUCCGCACCGCAGUGGACUCCCACCAGGAGCUGACCAAACUCGCUCUGCAGGGACGUGGCGUUGAUCGACAUCUGUUGGGGCUGCAGCAAAUGGCCAAGGAGAAUGGUCUCCCGAUGCCCAAGUUCUUUCAGUCGAAGGGGUUCGUCAAGUCGGUCAGCUUCCAGGUGUUCAGCUCCCAGGUGCCCAGCAGAUAUGAAUCCUUCAUGGCGUACGGGCCACUGAUCGCCAAUGGCUAUGGCUGCUGCUACAAUCCACGCAGCAAGGACAUGAUAUUCUCCAUCUCGGCAUGGGGCUCCAACAAGGAAACCGAUCCAGUGCUCUAUGGAAAAGCUAUAGAGAAGGCCUUGAAUACGAUGCGCAGACUGAUCAUCCAGACGGGCGGUGAUCGAGUGGGCGAAAAUGUCUGCAAAUGCGCAGACGAAAGACCAACCAAGUAGAGCCAUCAUAUUGAAUGUUCCCACAUCCCCCUCAAGGCAAAUACACUUUCGCAAUCUUUCACUUUA